AAUAACUGCUAACAACUCAAAUAAUAUUAUGGGUGACUUAAAGAUUUUAGCCAUGAUAGUUAUGGUGUUAGUUGCUAAGGAUGGUGCUUUUUCAUGUUCAUUGCGAAGUCAUAAACAUGGUUCAUCUCAUUCGUGUUUGCCUUCAACGUCUGAUUCUACAUCWAACUCACACCUUACACCGGUUUCAAUUGCAAUAUCUUCACCUUUUGAUUCCUCGUCUAGUUCGAGUCAUGCUAAUAGCCCAGCCAUAUCUUCUAUACCAACCAUUUCUCAAGACAUGUCUUCACCGUGCCCUCUACUUACAGCAACGUCAAACAAAAACGUAGUUCCAGGUAAAAAACCAUAUUCUAUAUCUCACCCUGUCGGGCCUUUGUUGAGUGAAUUAUCAGACGUGGUGUGUGGUUCACCCUCAUCAUCUAACCAUCCAGUUCCAGUACCAGUUCCUGAGAAAUCUCCAACACUCACUCCGACACCAGUUCUAGAACACGGACCAGAAAUAGMACCUGAAGAAUUUCCAGCACCAAGUAAUGCGCCAGUUUCAAUACCGGUAGAAUCUUCAAUGUCUACUCCAACUUCAUCUUACAGUUACAAUCCAGUCUUUAUAAAUCUUUUACAUAAACUAUUAUUGGCCUCUCAAGCAAAAACUGGGUUGUCUUCUUCUCCAUUACAAACUAAAACACAUGCCACGCCCACAUUGAACACAACGCCCGUAUCGGCUCCAAUUAUAAGGCCACUUAACAUAUCACCUGCAUGUGGAACAUCGUCUGAGUCGUCAAGUUCUUGUUCAUCAACUAUAAUCCAUAAUCAUUCAAAUGGUUCGAUUUCUCGUCUUCAACAAAUACUGAUGUCCAUGACACCUCUACCCAGUUCAGGCAUAUCUUUUGGUUAUAAUCCAGAAUUUAUGAAACUAUUGAUUAAAAACUUGUUAUCUAAUCAUACUUCUUCAUUACCUCCACUGCCGUCAUUAAAUUCAAUUCUUCGGGCUAAAUUAAACACCACUCCAAUAGUUCCUCUUGAUUCGAAUCCAAUACCAACGUCUACUACUAAUAGACCACUAUCUGAGUUAAAUCCUAAUGUAUUCAAUAUAUCAUCAAAUAAUACAUUUGAUUCAGUUCCUGUCGGUUCCGACACCAAUCAAAAUAUAUCCAUUAGUAAUGAUCAGUUUCUCACCAAUAUUUUAAUUAAUCUUUUAACCUCUUCCAAUGCUACAAAUACUUCUCUCCCUCCAUGUUUACCGUCAACAAACUCAAAUUCUAUAUCUAAAUUAAACACUACUUCAGUAUCACCURUUCUCUGCAUACCACCGUUUAAUUCAUUACCAGAUGCUUUAAGUAAAAUUCCCAAUAUCAAACCCGGUUCUAAUCCAUCUUUUCCUGGUUUAGUCCCAAGUCCCAUUAUCACAUCAUUGCCAAAUAUAAAACCAUUUUUAGAAAGAGUUAAAAAUUUCAAUCUUGUACCAACUCUAACACCUACCUCGUAUCCGUUAUCAUCAUCAUCGGAUAUUAACUUAUGUCACUCAAAACACAAAAAACCACUACAAUUGUCUGGUUCGACAUCAACUGCUAUUGAUCCAUGUCUUCAGAAUGUUAUACGACCGCAUACACCACAUUUGCCAUUACCAUGCUCACUAUCUCAUACUAAAUUAAGUUCUGGUUGUAAACAUUAAUUACCCGCCAUUUAAUUUAAUUAAAUUGUAUUUGAUAUAAAAGUUAAUAUUAAACAACGCUAUCUAUUAUAAAAUGUAUAAAAA